AUGGCCACCACAAUUAACCUUACCAGCAGCACUGCCAUUGAAGGACGAUUAUCUAACGUUUCUGACUGUACAUCAACUUCUUCAAUCUCCGAUCAGGAAGACUGCAUACAAAUUAACAGUGGCAGUGUACCAAGGAGCCGGAAUUGGAGGAAGCUCAUGAAGAAGGUGAUUGAAGGAAGCAAAAAAAGCAUAUACGGAACUACGAAGCCUUUGAUAUUCCAGUAUGAUGCUGUUAGUUACUCGCUGAAUUUUGAUGAUGGAAAUCGAGAUGAUGAAUAUUAUUCUAUGGAUCUCGAUGAUAUCAAGGUUUAG